AUGACUCAAAGCCACGUCCACUCCCAUCACCGUCGGACCCCUUCAGGCUCAAACUCAUCCAAACUGCGGUCGGCACGUCCGGCUCUCCAUAGGAAAGGCGCAUCCUACGCGAACCUCUCCAUCUCAAAGCUGGGAUCUGGACAGCCCCGGUCCACUGUCGUAGACGACGACCGCGUGCCUGAGAUGGCUGCCAGCUUUCUAAACUACUGCGCCAUGUGUGAAAGACAAAUCACCGUGCCUGAUAAUCGCCUCCUUUAUUGCAGUGAAAGCUGCCGCCGCAAGGAUUCCCACAAACCUCUUUCCGCCUCCUUUCCCUCUUACACCCCAAUGUGUUCGCGAAACACAUCUCCAGCUUCUUCUUCACCACCACUGUCACCCACGAUUGUGGCCCCCAUGACUCCCACGAAAGCUCCUGUUACAGUUUCCAGGCCUAUCCGGAUACCCACAGACAUGCAUGAGUCCAAGACGGAUCUUGAUCCCACUGAAUGGAAGCCCGUGAUACAGGUGGACUCUCGCUGCGCCAGUGCCAUGGGCUCGGACGCUUGGAAAUAUCUUUCCCAAUUCCAUAGCGAUGACACCAUGGUUCCUCUUCGUCGCGCACGGGUCGACCAUCACAGUUCGACCAGCCUCUCGACUCUCCCUUCGUUGAGUCAUACUCCGUCGGUUGCCUCUUCUGUGAGCAGCGUUGCCUCAGAUUACAUGAGCUAUCGCCCUUUACCUCCUCGUCAUAAGCCCUGCUUCUCUGGUAGCGGCAGCGCUGCGAAGGGCGUGCAGCUGGUUGUCCCCCAGAUUGCGGUGAUUCCCGACUCCCCCAUCGACAUGCCCAAUGGUGGAUCUGUCUUUCCCGCCAACAGCGGCCUUUGGGAUGAGAAGACUAUCGAGGCCCCCGUGAUCACAGGCACGGAUGCCACUACGGUGGUCUCUGUGUCCGCGAGAAACUGA